UCAAAAUGGCGACGUUCGGCAGACGGCAUUCCAUUACACGUCGUUCACGCGCUAUCGGACCCGUAUGGCUACAUUCGCCAAUGAAUUCGGCAUUGGCGACGGUUUGCACAAUGUCUACUGGAACCAUAAGCUCAAGCUUCAGUGGAUGGUACUGCUGUUCAUGGGCUGCAUGUACCUGUACGCCUCCCGCAUGACAAUGCCCAUCACAGUCACCCAGAUCAGCACCCAGCUCGAUUGGAAAAAGACCACCGCUGGCACUGUGCUGUCCUGCUUCUUCUGGGGCUACGCCCUGACCCAGGUGCUUGGUGGGUACCUGGGGGACCGUUAUGGAGGUGCCAAGGUGAUGCUCGGUGCUGCCCUCGGUUGGUCCUUGCUCACUUUCUACACCCCGGAGUUCACCCGCACCAAUAUCUGGGCCCUCCUCUUAAGCCGCAUCCUCCUCGGUGCCUUCCAAGGCCUGCACUUUCCCGCCAUGUCGAGCGUCAUUGUCAAGUACCUUCGCCAACAAGAUCGCACUUUCUUCACGAGCGUCGUCGCUGCCGGCCCUUCCUGCGGGUUACUCCUGAUGGGCAGCAUGGGUUCGCUGGUGAUGGUGUAUUACGGCUGGCCAACUGUUUUCAAGUUGACAGGUAUGCUGGGCAUUACAUGGUGCUUCCUCAUGUUGAUGCUCAUCACCCUUCAAGGGGACAGCCCAAAGAGCACCGGGAAACACGUCACUACCCUCAGCGUGCCCUGGUUCGGCUACUUCAAAAGCCCCGCCUUCUGGGUGAUUCUGUUGGCCCACUUCACAGAGAACAACUCUUACUUCUUUCUCAUCUCCUGGCUGCCGACAUAUUUCCAUGACAGGUUUCCGGGCGCAAAGAUCUGGGUGUUCAACAUGGUCCCCUGGAUCAUCACUCCCAUCUGCAGCGUCGGAGGGGGAAUAUUUGCGGACAACCUCAUCCGCAAAGGUCAUGCAGUUUCUAAAGUGAGGAAGAUACUCGAGCUAUUAUGUCAGCUGAGCAAAGUGGUGCUGCUGCCUCUAGUACCGAAUUCCGACUUUGGUACGGCCCUGUUCUGCGUCACACUGGCCGUAGCUUCCUCCGGUUUCCAUAACAGCGGGGUAUUCAUCAACCCCCAGGACAUUGCCCCUCUGCACGCAGGAUCAGUCUUCGGUCUGAUGAAUACCAUUGGUGCAGUUCCAGGCUUCAUAGGCGUCUACCUAGCCGGCUACAUAGUGGAGGUGACCAAGAGUUGGAACCUGGUCUUCUACCUGACCGCAGUGCUCAACCUUAUUGGUUGUCUUUUCUUCGUCAGUUUUGGAAAGGGAACGCCUAUUGCUACGUGAGGUUGGCCACUCCAUCCAGUAUGUGUAUACUAGUCAAGAAAGUAUUUUUUAGCAUUUCCAUUUUUGGGAGCUUUUUUCCCACCACAUUUUUGUUGUUUAUUAUACUCAUUUGCAUAUUAAAACAGAAAACCCACA